AUGAACAUUUUCUUUCUUGGGAUUAAGAUUCAAAUAUAUUCCGUCGGAACUCUAAGGUUGCUUCCAAGAAACCCAGAAAUCGUCGCCGUUGUAAAGCCUUCUGCUUUUGCAUCUUUGUACUCCACAGUUUCUCGGCAAAUCGAAGAACAGCCGAAGAGAUACGAGUACCACAAUGUUGCUACAUGUAUCGCCACAUUGCAACGGUGUGCGCUGCGCAAAGACGCCGUGUCCGGCGAACAGGUCCACGGUUUCAUGGUUAGGAAAGGAUUUCUCGAUGAUUCGCCUCGCGCCGUCACGAGCCUCGUCAAUAUGUACGCGAAGUGUGGUCUUGUGCGGCGCGCGAUCUCAGUCUCCGGUGGAUCCGACUCUGAGCGCGAUGUGUAUGGUUAUAACGCCAUUAUCUCUGGGUUUGUGGCAAAUGGGUCUCCUUUCGAAGCGAUUGAGAUGUACAGAGAAAUGAGAGCUAAAGGAGUUUUCCCUGAUAAGUAUACAUUUCCUAGUUUGCUAAAAGGAAGCGAUGCUAUGGAGACUUCUGAUGUCAAAAAGGUUCAUGGGUUGGCGUUUAAACUUGGGUUUGAUUCUGAUUGCUUUGUGGGUAGUGCCUUAGUCGCUUCAUACUCGAAGUUCAUGUUAAUGAAGGAUGCUCAGAAGGUGUUCGAUGAAUUGCCUGAUAGAGAUGACAACGUUGUUUGGAAUGCUUUGAUUAUUGGGUAUUCGCAGAUUUUUAGAUUUGAGGAUGCUUUGAUAUUCUUCGGUAAAAUGCGUGAAGAAGGAGUAGCCCUUAGUAGGCAUACCAUCACUGGCGUCUUAUCAGCAUUCACAGUGUUGGGGGAUCUUGACUAUGGUAGAUCGAUUCAUAGCCUUGCGGUGAAAACAGGAUUUGUUUCUGGAAUUGUUGUGUCAAAUGCCUUGAUUGAUAUGUAUGGAAAGAGUAAAUGGUUAGAGGAAGCAGUCAAGAUAUUUGAAGCAAUGGAUCACGAGAGAGACAUAUUUACGUGGAACUCGGUGUUAUGUGUUCAUGAUUACUGUGGUGAUCAUGAUGGAACUUUAGCUCUGUUAAAGAGGAUGCUUUCUUCCGGAAUCCGACCUGAUCUUGUUACAUUGACAACCGUUCUUCCCACUUGUGGCCGUCUAGCUGCAUUGAAGCAGGGCAGAGAGAUUCAUGGCUACAUGAUCGUCAAUGGGCUUUUGAACCGUAAUUCCAAUGAUGAGUUCAUAAACAAUUCUUUGAUGGACAUGUACGCAAAAUGCGGAGACUUGAAGGAUGCACAGAUGGUUUUCGACUCGAUGAGGAAUAAAGAUUCAGCCUCUUGGAAUAUCAUGAUUAAUGGUUAUGGUGUGCAGAGCUGCGGUGAGUUAGCUUUGGAUAUGUUUUCACGUAUGUGCAAAGCAGGUGUCAAACCCGAUGACAUCACAUUCGUUGGGUUGCUACAAGCAUGUAGCCACUCGGGCUUUGUGAGCGAAGGGAGAAGACUUCUGUCCCAGAUGGAGACAGUAUAUAACAUUGUCCCAACAAGUGAUCACUACACUUGUGUGAUAGACAUGCUUGGCCGUGCAGGCAAGCUAGAGGAAGCAUAUGAGUUAGCAGUAACAAUGCCCGUGGGGGAUAAUCCUGUAGUUUGGAGAUCACUACUUUCAUCAUGUCGCCUCCACGGGAACACGGAUCUCGCACAGGUGGCAGGAAAACGGCUAUAUGAGCUUGAGCCAGAGCAUUGCGGAGGUUAUGUAUUGAUGUCUAAUGUGUAUGUGGAAGCUGGGAAAUACGAGCAAGUGUUGGGAGUUAGAGACGUAAUGAAACAACGGAAUGUGAAGAAGACAGCAGGUAGCAGCUGGAUUGAGGUCAAGAAUAGCGUUCACACGUUCUUUACCGGCGAUAGGACUCACCCGGAAUAUGAAUCUAUCCACACUUGGUUAAGUCUUCUGACUUCUCAUAUGUGUGGUCAUGAGUAUAUUGGGCUGGACGACUACGAGUGAUUUUGGGUAGACAUCAGAUCCUUCUUUUUGUAACCAUUGAGUAUAGUUUGUUCUUUUUGGACCUUUGAGUAUAAUUUACUAAUUAUGUCGUGCGAAAGACAAUCGUUUACGGGCUAGAAAAUCUACGAACCAGCCACAUUU